AUUAAUGUUGUUUUCUGCUAAUCAUUUUUAUAUAUAUAUAUAAAUAAAUAUACAUAUGUGUAAAAAAAGUGAAAAUAUUAUUGUCUAAAUAAAGAUAAGAAUAUUGUUUGUUUCUGGCAUAAAGUUUAUUAUUUAAUUUAAUAUUCAUAAAACCUGGCAAAAUAAUAGAAAAAUACAAAUCUAAAAAAAAUAUUCUAAACAAAAUUUAAUUAAAUAAAUAAAAAUAAUCCAAGUGUUGUUAACAAGUUUUCCAUAAUAAUUUAAAUAAAAUUGUUUUCCUAUAUAAAAAUCAACUAAUUACAAUUUCAUAUUUGGAUAUACCUCAAAUUACCAGAUAUUGAAAUAAGGCAUUUCUUUCUUGGAUUAUAAUUUAACACAGAGAAAAAUCUAAAUUAAACUCGAUGAUUGUUUUAAAAUCAAUAAAACUGGAAAUUUUUAAUAUAAAUUUAAUAUCAGACACAUGAUAUUUUAACAAAAAAAGCUAAACUCUCCCCUUAAAAAUAAUAAUACAAAAAUAAAGUGAAAAAUAAAUAAAUAAUUAAAUAUUUUAAUUAUAAAUAAUAAAGAAAGAGAGAAAAAAUCAAACGUCAGCAAAAUAAUAAAACGACAUAAACUACAAAAAUAUGAUUGUAGAUAAAUCGGAAAAUAUGGGAGAGCAUGCUUGGACGAAGCUGCUCGACGAUAAAGAUAGUACAGGAAAAGGUGCUGUGAUUGUUAAAAUGUCCAAUAAAAACGAUAAUAGUCUUAUAAGCGAUGUACAAAAUUUACAAAACUCUAAGGAAACAAGUCCCCUAACCGGUGAUCUGAUCGACAGCACAAAUACAACGACGACGACAGCGACGGCGCUGACGGCAAGAAAAGUUAGUACGGGAGAUUUGGUAAGCAUGGAGACGGGCAAAGAUGGCGCCACAGAAUGUUUAACGAAAUUCACAAGAAGUGGCGAAGAGAAAAAUGUCAGUAUACAACGUAAAGAAUCAAUACUUGGCACAUUCCAUAGACAUUUAAGAAGAUCCAUUAAGGCGGUUAGUGAAUCACCGGGACCGAUAACAAGGUAUCGUCAGACACGUUUUAGUUCUCGGCGUGUACGAAAACGUGUGAUAUUCAAACAUGGUGAUUGUAAUGUGGUACAAGGAAAUGUGGCCAAACGAAGACGAAGAUAUCUACAGGACAUUUUCACCACCCUUGUCGACGCUCAAUGGCGUUGGACCCUCAUGGUGUUCGCCUUUAGUUUUCUCAUAUCCUGGGCAUUUUUCGGUCUCAUCUGGUGGACGAUAGCCUACGCACACGGUGAUCUCGAAUGGAUACAAAUGCGCGAUCAGCAACCUGAAUUAAUACAAAAUAUGACACACACUAUGUGUGUGACCGAAGUACGUUCAUUCAUAUCAGCAUUUCUAUAUUCGAUUGAGACUCAACACACAAUCGGUUACGGUAAUCGUUUCAUAACCGAAGAGUGUCCCGAAGCGAUAUUCACAAUAUGUCUUCAAUGUAUAACGGGUGUAUUUAUACAAGCAUUUAUGGUGGGCAUUGUUUUUGCCAAACUUUCGCGGCCGAAAAAACGUGCCCAAACUCUAUUAUUUUCACGGAAUGCGGUUAUAUGUCAUCGGGAUGGUGUGCCGUGUCUAAUGUUUCGUGUCGGCGAUAUGCGAAAGUCUCAUAUUAUUGAGGCUCAUGUGAGAGCGCAGAUAAUAAGGAAGAAAGUCACUAAAGAAGGUGAAAUUUUACCUUUUUAUCAACAAGAACUUACCGUGGGUGCCGAUGGUGGUGAAGAUCGUUUAAUGUUUAUUUGGCCUACUACUAUAGUGCAUAAAAUAGAUCGUCAUAGUCCUUUGUAUAUGCUGUCUGCUUCCGAUAUGUUAAAGGAAAGAUUUGAAGUGGUUUGCAUGCUGGAGGGUGUUAUUGAGUCCACCGGCAUGACCACUCAGGCACGCAGCAGUUUCUUGCCCUCGGAAAUCUUAUGGGGUCAUCGUUUUGUAAACGUUGUUUCAUUCCGCAAAGAAACCGGAGAAUACGAAGUUGAUUAUACCUUAUUCAAUAAUACCUAUGAUGUGGAUACACCUUUGUGCUCAGCCAAAGAAUUAGAUGAUCUUAAAGAAGAAUAUACCAAAAAUAAUAAAGCAGGUUUAGAUCGCGCUUUAUCUGUAGGCUUAAUAAAACAUAUAUCUUCCGCUGCCUCUGUGGAUCAUUUGGAUCCGGCCAGUGAUGAAUCUUUAGAUUCUGGUCGCCUACAAAUACGCUCAAAUUCCAUUCCCAAUGGUGCUUUGGCAGCUGAACUAGAACCAUUAAAUAAUAAUAAACCCUCAUUUGCGGUCGGUGGUUCAACGAUUAUACCAACCAUAACCACAAAUUUCCAAAGUAUUAAUGAGUUAAAUAAUUCCAAUACAAAUUUAACAUCGCUAUCCAAAAAUAAUAAUAACAACAACAACAAUAACAAUAAUAAUAGCACAAACAAUGUACACACUAGUAAUAGUAGUCUAAAGAAAUCCUCCAAUUCCCGACGUCUUUCCAUAAAACAAGAUCAGCUUCCUUUAGAUUCAUUAUGCUGAUAUUUAAGUAAAAUUUUAAAGAAAUAUUUAUAAAUUGAAAUUUUCUAUUUGUAUUAUUUUCAUGAUUAUUAUUAUUAUUUUUGUCUUUUUGUUCGAAACUAAUGUUUUCAAGUUGUUUGUCUUUUAUUUUUAGAUAUUUUUAUGUUGAAGACGAAGAUGAAUUGAAAAGGAAUUGUAGUUAAGAUAAAACAAAAAAAAAACAGAUUUUUAUUUUAAAAAUCUAUUUUUUCUAAAAUUUGUUUUUUAUGUUAAAACUUCUUUUUGUACGAAAAACCUGUUUUCAGGUUUUUACUAAAGUCCAGUUUUUACAGUAAACCCGUUUUUACUCUAAAAAUCAGUUUUAAUGCUAAAAACAAUUUUUAUACUAAAAAACAGUUUUUAUACUAAAACAAAUUUUUA